CAGAGAAGGGGCGUGACUUAUCCUGACUUGUCGCCAGGAAGGGGGCGGUACUCUCGAUGACGUUACAUUGGGGAGGGGGCAGGAGUUCAUUGAUAAAAACGCCUGACUCCCUCAGGCGCGAGCAAAGCGUAGCAAAUCCAGGCAGUGCCACGCGCGGCCCCGGCCGGGCGGAACCGAGAAGCUGGGCCCGCGUUGCGACGCGCCUCCGCAUGGAGCCAGCCGCCGGCUUCCUGUCUCAGCGCCCCUUCACUUGUACUGCUGCUCCGCCUUCGCCCCCCGCGGGUCCCGGGCCGCCUAGAAGUGCGGUACCCGGACCCGAACUGGAGUUGCUGGCGGGGGCACCGGCUCCGGACCCUAGCCGCCUCAUCACGGACCCAUGCAGCGGUCGCACCUACUUCAAAGGCCGUCUGUUGGGCAAGGGGGGCUUUGCCCGCUGCUACGAGGCCACUGACACAGAGACUGGCAGGGCCUACGCAGUCAAAGUCAUCCCACAGAGCCGUGUCGCCAAACCGCAUCAGCGCGAGAAGAUUCUAAACGAGAUUGAGCUGCACCGAGAUCUACAGCACCGUCACAUUGUGCGUUUUUCGCACCACUUUGAGGAUGCUGACAACAUAUACAUUUUCCUGGAGCUCUGCAGCCGAAAGUCCCUGGCCCACAUCUGGAAGGCCCGGCACACCUUGUUGGAGCCAGAGGUGCGUUACUACCUGCGGCAGAUCCUUUCAGGCCUCAAGUACCUGCACCAGCGGGGCAUCUUGCACCGGGAUCUCAAGCUGGGAAAUUUUUUCAUCACUGAGAACAUGGAGCUGAAGGUAGGAGAUUUUGGAUUGGCAGCCCGGUUGGAGCCCCCAGAGCAGAGGAAGAAGACCAUCUGUGGCACCCCCAACUAUGUGGCUCCCGAAGUGCUGCUGAGACAGGGCCAUGGCCCUGAGGCAGAUGUGUGGUCAUUGGGCUGUGUCAUGUAUACACUGCUAUGUGGGACCCCCCCAUUUGAGACAGCUGACCUAAAGGAGACAUAUCGCUGCAUCAAGCAGGUUCACUACACCCUACCCGCUAGCCUUUCACUGCCCGCCCGGCAGCUGCUGGCCACCAUUCUACGGGCCUCACCCCGAGACCGCCCCUCAAUUGACCAGAUCCUACGCCAUGACUUCUUUACCAAGGGCUAUACUCCUGACCGGCUUCCUGUCACUAGCUGCAUGACAGUCCCAGACCUGACACCCCCCAACCCAGCUAGGAGUCUCUUUGCCAAAGUUACCAAGAGCCUCUUUGGCAGGAAGAAGAAGGGUAAGAACCAUCCUGAGGAGCGGGAUGAAGUCUCUUGUUUGGUGAGUGGCCUCAUGAGGACAUCCAUUGGCCAUCAGGAUGCCAGGCCCCAGGCGCCAGCAGCUUCUGGUCCAGCACCUGUCAGCCUGGUGGAGACAGCACCUGAAGACAGCUCACCCAGGGGGACGCUAGCAAACAGUGGAGAUGGGUUUGAAGAAGGUUUGACUGUGGCUACAGUGGUGGAGUCAGCCCUCUGUGCUCUGAGAAACUGUGUGGCCUUCAUGCCUCCAGCGGAACAGAACCCGGCCCCCCUGGCACAGCCAGAGCCUCUAGUGUGGGUCAGCAAGUGGGUUGACUACUCCAACAAGUUUGGUUUUGGGUACCAACUCUCCAGCCGCCGCGUGGCUGUGCUCUUCAAUGAUGGCACACACAUGGCUCUGUCAGCCAACAGAAAGACUGUGCACUACAACCCCACCAGCACAAAGCACUUCUCCUUCUCUGUGGGCACUGUGCCCCGGGCCCUGCAGCCUCAGUUGGGCAUCCUGAGAUAUUUCGCCACUUACAUGGAACAGCACCUCAUGAAGGGUGGAGAUCUACCCAGUGUGGAAGAAGUGGAGGUGCUUGCGCCUCCAUUGCUGCUGCAGUGGGUCAAGACGGAUCAGGCCCUACUCAUGCUAUUUAGUGAUGGCACUGUCCAGGUGAACUUCUAUGGAGACCACACCAAGCUGAUCCUCAGUGGCUGGGAGCCUCUCCUGGUGACUUUUGUGGCCAGAAAUCGCAGUGCUUGUACUUACCUGGCUUCUCACCUACGGCAGUUAGGCUGCUCCCCGGAUUUACGGCAACGGCUCCGCUAUGCUCUGUGCCUGCUCCGGGACCGCAGCCCCGCCUAAGUUCCGACCUGCAGAACAGACCCUGAUACAAGCCCUCAGGCCUUUGUGACCCUCCUCCUCCCUUUGGUGCCUCACCAGGGGCUCUGGGCUGAAUCCCUCAGGGAAUCAGGGACCAGCUUUCCUGGGGUUGGUGGCUGCCUGUCCUCGAUGCAGCUGGCCUAACCCUUCUUCAAAAUAAGCCUGAGCCUUAGCCCCUAGCUAGGGGGCGUUAUUUAUGGACCACUUUUAUUUAUUAACAGACUUUUAUUUAUUGGGAUGUGAGCCCCGAGGAGGGCUUCCUCCAGGGAUAAUAAACCGUUUUGCAGAACUUGGA